UCCAUUGAUAUGCUAAUUUUAUGCUACCCUUUUAUUGAAUUGAUCGCUGCAAGUGUGCCUUAAUACAUUACAUAAGUAUCCUGAAAAACACAUAAAAGUCACAUGAACUUGUUCUCGGAAACACUCCGAACUGGAGCCAAUCCUAAACGCUGCGAUACAUUUUAUACACUACACUACAGUCAUUUAGGGUACUGCAUGCACUGGACUGGACCGGUUGGAAGGAAGCUUUUGAUAAUCAACAUAUGAAAUAAUGCAGUCGACAGAGGAUCCCCUGAGUUUCUUUACCAAUGCUUCAACGCGCCAGAACACCACAAACAUGUCCAAUGGCUCCCACUCAGACUUUGUGCGUAAAAUCAGCGCCCUCCUCGGCGAUUCCUUAGAUCUUUCCAAUAUCAAUUUGACAGGCAUUGCUCAGUCUAUGCAGACGCUGAAUAACAUGGGCGUUGGCGGAAUCCCAACAAACAUACCCACAAGCUUUCCGAUAGACACAUUGCCUGCCUCUUGCAGCACAAACUUUUCUGGAUACCCAGAAGAGCUGCAGAAUCUUUUCAGUAGUGCUUCCCUGACACAGAACACAAACCAAGUCCCGAGUACGGGAAUGAACCCGCAGAGUUUUGGCCAGACGUACUGUGCAUCAUCAUUGCCAUCACAGCAAGACCUAGUUCAAGGAAUUCAAGCUUUCAACUCACUGUACACAAACAGCUUGAACAGCUUGAACAGUUUGAGUAACCAUACCAACGUUAGCCAAGCAAACCUAACCAAUGUCGGCCAAAGUGGCUUAUCAAACAUGGGGAAUUUCGGCCAGACCAUGACAACAAAUGCCGGUACAAUUGGUGAUGUGAUUCCUGGCCCAAUAUCAAAUAGAGCGCUUGAGAAUUAUGAAACCCCAGACAAGAGUGCCAGACCCAUCCGUGGUGAUCAGGGUUAUACGAGCACUCCCCUCAUGGAACGCCCUCUCAAUGCUGCAGAGCGCACCUUACUGUUCGGCAACACUGUCAAUGGCAAGCGCUCCAAGUCCGAAGGUGACACGCCUACUGGGCCAUUUGAGAGAGUUCUCAGCGCAUCGGAAAGGCAGUUGUUGCUAGGUGGGGGAACUGGAACUAGUCGCAUUAUGGGUCGCCAAUCUGGAUACCACGAUUCAGAUACGAGUGGUAUCAGUAGUAACACUUCUGGAAUAUCUGAUAGUGGCACUCAGAACUUGGUGGAUUUGAUGAAUGCUAUGAACUUGACGAGUCCAGCUGGUACUUCGCUACAAUCCAACAUCCGCUCCACAUCGCUUUCCACACCAUAUCCUUCCUACCCCAAUGCAUAUGACAGCAGGAAAAUGUCGGCAACAUCCAGUUUCGGUAACCAGACUCCCCAGCCCCAGAGGUCAUACAGCGAAUCCACCAUGCCUUCCAGUGCUCUGUUUAGUCCUGACAUAAUGACUGGGCGAGCUGUGACAGACGUCAAUCAACUCUUCAUGACCGACUCGGAUCCCAGUUCUAUUGAAAGAGCUGCCAAACUCUACAGGAGCGCUGCUACUAUAUUUGAAGCAACAUGCACAUGGAGUGGUCAUCUUCCUCCAAGACUCUACAAGAAAGAACCGGUUUAUUCGUGCAAAGUCUUCCUCGGUGGUGUACCAUGGGACGUCACAGAAAUCGGCUUGCAGAAGUGCUUCAAACCUUUUGGACCAGUCAAGAUUGAAUGGCCGGGCAAGGAUGGCAAGCAUCCAAGGUUUGCUACCAAAGGCAUCAGAGGUUAUGUGUACGCUUUGUUCGAAUGUGAGAAGUCAGUGAAAGGCUUGCUGCAGAACUGUACCCAUGACUAUGAUAACGGUGGAGAGUACUACUUCAAGAUCUCAAGCAGAAGAAUGCCUUGCAAGGAGGUCCAGAUUAUCCCCUGGGUGCUGAGUGAUAGUAACUACGUGAGGCAGCCAUCUCAGAGACUUGACACGAGCAAGACUGUAUUUGUUGGAGCCCUACAUGGAAUGAUGAACGCUGAAGGCUUGGCCACUAUCAUGAACGAUCUGUUUGGGAAUGUCGUCUAUGCAGGGAUCGACACAGAUAAACACAAGUAUCCAAUAGGUUCAGGAAGAGUGACCUUCAGUAGUGCCAAGAGUUACCUGAAGGCUGUAAGUGCUGCAUUUGUGGAAGUGAAGACACCCAAGUUCACCAAGAAGAUCCAGAUUGAUCCCUACCUGGAGGACUCUCUCUGUCAGACGUGUAACAUCCAGCAAGGACCAUUCUUCUGCCGUGACAUGCAGUGUUUCCGCUACUAUUGCCGCUCAUGCUGGCAGUGGCAGCAUGCCCUGGACGUGCUGCGCCACCACAAGCCACUUAUGAGGUACAGCAGGAGCAAUGUCAAACAUGACAACAUUCCACCAAUGGUCUCCUCCUCUGCUGCCAUGACUGGGCCCUGCUAGUUCGUCCCUCGAUGCAAAAACGACGUCAUCUGGCGCUGUCCUCAUGACCUCGAUGACCAUGACCUUCAAGAUAUUCCGAACUGUGAUAAACUUGAAAUGAGACCCCGAUAUUCUGUGAUAAACGUUCUCAGUUGAGAACAAACACUUAUAGGUUUCUCAAUGUAAGCAAACACUCAACUUUAGGGUAAGGUGGACACCUUUGAACAAUUUCUUGAUGUAAUAGUCUUUCUGGAAAUGGAUAUUAAUUGUGAUUUUAAGUCAAGCAUGACUUCUUGUGUACACUUGCGAUAUGACUUCUGGUGUACACUGGCGAUAUGACUUUUGGUGUACACUUGUGAUUUGACUUUUGGUGUACACUUGUGAUUUGAAGAAACCCAGACUGUGAUUUUACCUGUACACAUCUCUCCAAACCGGAUGGUGAAAAGGGCAUAUGCUGCAGUUGUCAAUGCAAUCAUGUUCGAGAUAAUGGACAUCCAAGAUAUAAUUGUGAUAAAGGCCAAAAGGAUUGCCUUGUGAUUUUGACAUUGUGAUUUUCCCUUGAGAAUUUGAACUGUGAUUUUACCAACAAUGUGUCUCUAAUCCAUUGUUGAUUUUACCCAUAAUUUCACAUGCUUAGAUAAUCCUUUAAGGCUUGUAUUGCCAAAAUGUAUCCAGAUUUUAUCGGACAUUUCUGAUUUCUAACUCUUGUUGUAUACAGACAGAAUCAUUGUAGGAUGUAUAUUUGUUUCGCCUAGGCUUGACCAGUGUGCUUCCACCUUAAAGCCUUAAGCUUGCAACACACAGGUUUAUGUCUGUGAGAUGAUGUCAUCGAGGUCUUCAAAAUCCUUUAUAAUAGAAAACCGAACAUUUGGUAGUGGGUCUAAGACUUAGACAACACAAUGCUACUGACGCAAACAAACAAAAAUACAGUAGAAUCCCUCUGUUGAGGACACCCUUGGGGCUGACAAAUGCUUUUUCUAUCAAUAUACAUGUACGGGAUUUUAGUGACCUCUGUGACACGAUCACGCAGACAUUUCUCUGUGCUAGCGGUUUCAGUGUGUGUGUUUGCAAGUAUACAAAGCAUUUCCAGUCAACCUGCAUUGUAUAGAAUCAUUACGACUGCCAUUCUUGAAACUCUCUUGAAGUCCUUGUCUUCUCUUGGUUUAAACAAAUAUUGACUUUGUGGCAUUUGAAUAAGACAUCAUUCCAAGGUGUCAUCUGGUGCUUUUUAUUCCAUUUCUAUGUGCGUUGUAAUUUAGAACUGGCCUUAUGUUCUAAUAUUAACGCAUGGGCCAAUGAUUUUUUGUAUUUUUUUAUAUGCAAUUUUUAUACAAAAUCCAAUUUUUUUUAUGAGUGGAUAAGUUGGUGAUCACACGUAUUCCAUUUUGAUAAUCAGAACAUUGUUCAUUAUUUUCUAGUCCUACGUAUGUAUUGUAAGACAACUUAUAUAAAUGCUAGAAGUUACUGCAACCCAAUGCCGAGUAUUAAUCCCUAUCCCAGUGGAACUGGAAGCAUUUGACCUUUUGAUAAAUGGGUCCCCAAGACACAAAGAGAUAUUUUGAGCUGCACUUUCAUGUUGCGUUCUUUCUUUUUCAUGCACUCGUUAAGUUUUUUUUAUUUAUUUAUCAUGCACAGAGUUUAUUUGAUUGUUACUUGGUCCGAUUACUCUAUCGUUGCUCAACAUUUCUUUGUAUCUUGUGGUCCUGUUUAACCUUACCUUUUCAAACUUUCAAAACUUGAUUAAAAUAUGACGACUGCAACAAGUGCUAUAAGCGUACAUGUGGUAUACAAUCCAGUCUCUUGUGCAAGGGUUUGAGGUUGGGUUUGAGUGUCAAUUUGGAGUGAUUUUUUAAAUAAAAUGUAUUUUUAAACUUGUGAUUGAACUUGUGUAAUAACUGCUCAUCAUGCAAAAUAGCAUUUUGAUAUAUUGUACUAGGUUUUGCUCAUUCAUAAAUGUAAGGUAUAAAUAAGGACCUGUAUUGUAUACAGUUGAAAAUAUCACUUGCUAUUACAUGUAUUUGUAAAAUUUUAAAACUAAAAAAAAAUUUUAAUUGAAAAAAUCUUAACUCUAGCUGUAGAACAGUUGCAUUUAACUUAUUUUAAUAUUGUUUCAUACGUUAUCAAACCGUUAUAAAGUGCUUUGUUUGCGAUAAAUAUAUAGCUCAUAGAUAUGUUUAUAGCUGCAUUAGUUAAUGAUAUCUUAAUCAUUGUAAGUCAUCUUAAUAUUUUAUUGCCUUACAUGUGGUAACUCGUAGCAGAUUAUGCAUUUUGUAACAUUAUUACAUGUAGUACUCUGUUCUUAACAUUCAUUAUCUGUAACAGGACAUCAAAAAAGGUAUACUUUUGUGAGAAACAAAACUUUAUUUAUUUGGAACAAAAGUACACUAUAGAUGCGCUGAAUUUGAAUUUGAUUAAAAGACGGAUAUUUUAGAACAGGUUUGGAAUAUGUCUCAGAGUUUGAUAAUUCGUUUAAUCAGUUGGCCUGUUUUAGGCAGAGAGCUGUGUGCAAAAACAUCAAGUUAGCUCUUCUAAAAAUUUUAUUCACUACCUGCGAAUUUCAUUUUGAGAGAGAGAGAGAGAGAGUUAAUCUACUGUUUUAAACCUUUGUGUGAAGUAAAGAUCUGGUUGAUAAAUAAGAGUGUUCUUGCUGAAAGUCCUUUCAAGGAUGUGUUUAAAAUUUAACAGUUUGUAGGGACAGUAAGAUGGGAUUUGUGUCGAUGCAUCAACUGUGAAAGUUUGAUCCCUUUUCACUGUUUAACAUAUUAAUGAGGCAUUUGUCCAUGUCAAUAAAGAUGCCUAAAUGAAAGUCCAAGCAAAGAACAGAAGAACAGAUAUUGGCUUGAACAAGUGUCUUCAUCAUUUUUGCAAGAACAUUGUUGUGAUAUAUUGCAUGCACACACAUUUUUAUUCGAGCACAGCAUUUUUCUGUACUGCGCCUUUCUAAGAGAAAAUGAAAAAAUAGUUGGUUCAUAACCCAAGUAGUAUUGGGUACAUUAACAUACAGUUAACGGCACAUUUUAACAGUGGUUUUUGGCCUGUGGUUUACAUAUAACCAAGUUAUUUAUUCCAACGUUCAAGGUCGGAAACUACACGUUUUUAUAACCAUGUUAUUUAACCGUUCAUUUUAACGAUUUUAUGAAGUUUCUCUGGUGAUAAUCGCCAACCUAACAUUCUAGUUUUAAAUUGUUUGAAGAACAUGCAUUUAUAAUACAAUUUUUGUAAACUUCCAUUCCAGCAAAAUGAUCACCAAAUCAUUAUCUUAUGCUUUGUUUAUAUAAGGUUCAUGUUUGUACAUGUAACAUGUGACUCUUGGUCAAUGAGAGUGCACUACAUACAAUUAACUAUGUUUAUUUUCACCCUCAUGUCCUGUUUUCAAUCCUACGUCAGUCGAUGCGGUGCUCAUGACAAGUAACAAAUGGAACGUGAAUCAUCAUGACCAGUGACAACCUGAAUCCCAUGCAAACUCAGUCUUGGAUGAAGUCUUGUCGAUGAGCAUAGCCUGGUUAAUUAGCGUACCAAAUCUAAUAUUAUAUUUUAUUGUUCUGUUAUUAAUCUUCUUUCUGUGAUAAUUACGUUAUGCUAACGAUUUUAAUUGCACACACACUCUCGCACCUGUUUGGGAUCAAGGAAUGAUGACGGCAUAUUGUGUACUGUCAUUUUUUUAACCAAAUCAUCAUAAAUGGGAAAAAUCUCAAAAUUUUAAUCAUUUUGUUCUCAACGAAUUUCACAAGUGUUGUCUCAGGGAGUUAUGUUAAACGUUUGGUAUGGAUAUAGGAACUUUUUCAAUCUAGUUGAAUUGUAACGAGGGAAUUAAUCAAUGAUAUGGUACUAUUUGUUGAAGAAUUAUUUGAAAUCCAAAAGAUGUCUUUCUCGGCUUCGGAUUUAACGUUCUCAAAGAACUAACUGCUGGUAUUUAAAUCUGUUAUCUCUGAUCAAACAAUUAAAACCUGUCAUUAUUUAUUUGAUUAAGUACCCAGCCAUACCAGGUUUUGUCAAAUUCAGUUUAUUUGUUCCUGAGGAAUUUUAUCUGUGCAUGAACUGCAAAUUUUAACAAAAAAAGUGCACUGAAAAUUGUUCACUCUGCGACGGUACACAAUAUGCCAAAUGUUUGCAAGUUGACUGGUGUAAGAAAGAAUAUCUUUUUCGGUAAAUUAAGAAGAGACUAUGAUGAAGAAUCAGAAAUUAAAAUUACGUUAAAAUCAGUAUGAACUGUACUUGAUUUCAGUUAAGAUCAUUUUAUUGUGGCGUGAAAUAUGAAAUUCGAUGAUGAAGUUGUUGUAUGGUCUCUGCUUUUGAAAAAAAAAUGAUCAUUUGUGCGCAUUUUUAAUACAAUAUUCUGUGUCGAUGUGUUUAAGCCAGCUGAGGGUCACCUGUGUCUUAUGCCUACUUACUUGUAACUGGCCUUUGUGUAAAAGACGCACCUUAAACGGCUUAGAUGCGCUGACACAGUAUUUCUCAUUUAUAUCAACUGCUUUCGAAGAUGUGCAGAUGACUGAGGGCAGUGGUGAUGGAUUCAGAGUUGAGUUCGUGGUGUAAUCUUAAUUGAAAACAGCUUUUAUUUGUUGGUUGCUAAGAACUGUGGCUCUAGUUGCAAAUGCAAUAAUGAAGAACGAAAUGAAUUCGAAAGCAUCAGGUCUUAAAUAGUUUACUGUUCAAAACAGAAUACCCCCAGAAAGAAAGUUCUGACAGACAUUUUCUGUGGCACUAAACUCUGUGAACUUGACCAUGUUUUCUGAAAGCAUCAUGAUGUUGCUAAGAACACCUAAUUAUUGGUCAGAAUGGAUGGAAAGAGACAAUGAUGACCAUGGAAACGUAAAUGGACUAUGAUUUUUGGAAACAAUUCAGUUCAAACGAAGAAUUUGUCUUCUGCAUUUUUUCAAUUAUUUUUCGUUUGUUGUGCCUCGCCUGCUCUGCAAGCAUGUUGUACCAAUUCAUCAAUCCAUGUAUACUCCAAGGACGUUAAAUUUGGAUUUGUCUUCAAAGGAUACUAUUUAAUUUGCAUAUCAGAAGUUAGUUACUAAUGUUCAGCUUCAAACAUUCCACUUAUCAUUGUGUCAUUGUCGGUAUUCAAAUUGCACCAAUUUUCAAAAAUAGAAUUCACAAAUUUUAUUUUAGCCGAUCUUCUUGAGUCCAGGUUAUUUGUGAAAUCUGUGAAAAUAAUCGCCCGUGAAUAUUUAGCGGUAAUCGAACUUUGUCUGCUUUCAAAGGCAGGGUGCUGGUAAAAAUGCAGAAGAAACAAGUGAUUUGGUAAGCAAGAUACCCAGUUGACAUUCCACAUUGUGCAUUAAAUAUCAGAAAAGAAACUUUAUGUAAAUGAUAAUUUUAUGUAGAAUGUAAAAUGAUUUACGUUGCAUGUAAAUGAAUUCCCUUAAACAUAAAUGACUUUACAUUCAGCCUGAGGUCGUAGGCCCUGUCACUGAUCAGGUAGACUUGAAACAUUGUUAAAGCUGAUCUUCCUUUAUCAAUUUGGCUCUGUAAGGCGGUAACAGAUUGGCCCUUCGCAUCAGUGUUAACAGUGUCAUUAUUUCAUGUGCCUCUGCAUAAUAACGCAAUAACCUGACCAUUCAAUCAACCCUUGAUGUGUCAUGAUGUCACAUAAUAUUGUAUUAAAGCCCAACUGUAUUGUAUAUUGUCGAGAAACUAAAUUCAACUCUUCCAAGCUUUGUUUUCUGGGACAACCUGUUUGUUAUCUUGUGCUACAUGUAACCCCUCAAACUCAACUGGUGCUUGCAUUUCAGGUGAUGCUUUUUGUUUACAUUUUGUUUCACUUAGAUUUCUUUAGGACAAAAACUGCUCUAUUUUGUUUAUUUUUUACUGUUUCCGCAUAUAAA